UUCUUGUUAUCCGGGUAACGUGGAAGUGAAAAUCCAACACACCGCCGACGAGUCAACCACGUCACUCACAGGAGACGUGUCCCACGCUUGCGUAGCGGUUAGCUUGUAGCCGCACGGAAACGUCAACUUUUCAUGAAAAUGGGCACUUUAACGUCAUGAUAAGUCUGGACAACGAGACGGAGAUGUGGAAUAAGUGACAUUCCAUUCCUUCAAACGACUAAGGAAUGAUUUAGGUCGAAUUAACCAACACAUUGAAGACAAUCUGCGCCAUGGGAAGAAUCAGCUGUUCGUGCCUUUUUCCUGCAUCGUGGCAUUUCAGCCUGUCAACCCAGGUUCUGCCUCGGCUCCUGAUACCUUCAAUCAGACAGCUGCUCUUCAGUGGCCUGGUACUUUGCCUCAUAGGACUUCUGUAUAUACUUCUUGUCAGUGGAAAGGGAUAUGCAAACUGGACUGGAAAUGAAAAUCAUUUCCACAGGCACCUGGCAAGGGUGACAGAUGUGGAUGCAACAGACACAAGCAAUCCCAACCUGAACUAUGGCCUGGUGGUUGAUUGCGGCAGCAGCGGCUCAAGAGUAUUUGUGUACUGCUGGCCUCGUCACAAUGGUAAUCCCCAUGAACUGCUAGACAUUCGGCAAAUGCGAGAUCAGAACCGCAAGCCAGUUGUCAUGAAGAUCAAACCAGGUAUUUCUGAAUUGGCUAAAACUCCAGAGAAAGCUAGUGAUUAUAUUUACCCACUACUAAGCUUUGCAGCCCAACAUAUUCCCAAAAACAAGCACCAAGAAACACCCUUGUACAUCCUGUGCACAGCUGGAAUGAGAGUUCUACCUGUAAGUCAACAAGAAGCACUUUUGGAGGAUCUGCGCACAGACAUCCCUGUCCACUUCAACUUCCUCUUCUCUGAUUCACAUGUGGAAGUAAUAUCUGGAAAGCAGGAAGGUGUCUAUGCAUGGAUUGGAAUCAACUUUGUACUUGGAAGGUUUGAUCAUGUACACAAUGAUGGUGAAGCUGUAGUGGAGGUAAAUGUCCUAGGCAGCGAUCAGCAGGAGGCGCUAGUGAGGAAAAGGACUGCUGGUGUCUUGGACAUGGGUGGGGUUUCCACACAGAUCGCAUACGAAGUGCCCAAAACUAUGAUCUGCCCUCCAUUCACCAGUAUUGAGGAAGUUGCUAAGAACCUAUUGGCUGAGUUCAACUUGGGGUGUGAUGCACAUCGCACAGAGCAUGUUUAUCGAGUAUAUGUGUCAACCUUCCUUGGUUUUGGAGGAAAUGCAGCACGCCAUAGAUAUGAAGAGAGCCUCCUCAGGAAUACUGCCGCUCGAAACAAGCUCUUUGGUCAGCAUGUUGGUGAAACACCAGAGUCUCCUCUUCUAGACCCUUGUCUACCAACAGACUUGCAGGAUGAGAUUGGUCCAGCUCCACAGAAGCUGCAUCUGAGAGGCAGUGGAGACUUUGACCAUUGUAGACAGAUCCUCCAGCCAUUCCUCAACCGCACCAGUGAGAGCCACACAUCCCUCAGUGGAGUCUACCAGCCAGCUAUUGACUACAGCAACAGUCAGUUCUACGGCUUCUCUGAGUUCUACUACUGCACUGAGGACGUGCUGCGUAUGGGUGGGGAUUAUAAUGCAUCCAAAUAUGCUCAGGCUGCAAAGAGUUACUGUGCCACCCAGUGGAAGACUCUGAGGGAACGCUUUGACUCUGGCUUGUAUGCAUCACACACGGAUCUCCACAGACUGAAGUACCAGUGUUUUAAAUCAGCAUGGAUGUAUGAAGUGUUGCACUCAGGCUUCUCUUUCCCUGCCAAUUAUAAAAGCCUUAAGACUGCUUUACUGGUCUAUGAUAAAGAGGUCCAGUGGACUCUUGGAGCUAUUCUUUACAGAACACGCUUUCUUCCUUUGAGGGACAUCCAGCAGGAAAGUCUGAAAGGAGUGCACUCUCACUGGCGGCACAGCUUUUCAUUUGUCAACAAUCACUAUUUAUUCCUAGCUUGUUUUUUCAUCGUGUUUCUGUCUAUUAUGCUGUACUUACUCCGCCUUCGCCGCAUACAUCGGCGCACAGCUCAGCGCUGCACCCCCUCUUCUGUACCAUGGCUGGAAGAGGGCCUUGGUUCACCCACACUCCCCAUCAACCUGUAAACUUUGUAUCGCCUGGGAGGCAUGUUUGAUUCUCCCAUAUUCACUCCUUUCCUUUCUGAGCCUCUCGGUGAGCCUUUGAAGGCUGCUACUGUAAAAGUUGGGCUGCUCUACUUUUAUAUUUUUGAUAGAUGGUACGGAAAUGUAGACAAAUGAGUAAGAUAAUAAGUGAGUGUUCAGGCUUACAGUGAAACAUGUCUUUAUGGGAACUCAUGUUCUCAGCAACACUCUCCUUUUUGUUAAAUUCAUAUGGCAGCUGCCUCCCGGUGUCUUCUAAUUUAUUUCCUAAAAAAAAAAGAAAAGAUCUUAGAAGGAUACAUCUCUUAGAUAAAACUCCAUACUCAACUAAAUGUAUAGUCUAAGCUUGGGUAACUGUACCACAAUGAGUUUGAUUUAUUUAUGUGUGGACAUUUACUUUUGUUUAUGCCUUUUGUACAUGCAUGAUGGCCUUCCUUUUUGGGGAUUUUAUAAUUAUUAAAUGGUACCACAUACAAUUCAUACAAAAAAACUCUAAUGCAAUAUAAAUUACGAUUAACGGCACAAGCACUUUGAAAAUGCAGUGCUUAACAGCUAGUCUUGUGUGUGUCUUUCCAAAUAGUUCUGCCUCAUUUAUGUUGAGACAAGUGGCUUUAUAGCUAAAAUAGUGCAAUACAUGUCUCGUCACUGUUGGAAAGUUUCUCCAGAACACAUCUGCUCUUUGGUCCACAGUGUCAGUUUCUCUGAAAGCCCUGCUGAAGUUCUUGUGCUGGGUUAUCCGACUGUUUAGUUUGAUACGACUGCAUAUAUUAUUUUUGGGCUUCAUUUUCAGAAGCUGUCUUAUCACUGUUGUGAGGAGAUUGUAAAUAAGUGCACAUGUCCCAUUAUUUAUAAGAAAUCAGUCCAGUGAAACGUUUGCACAGAUGACUACAAAGUAGAUGUCACAUUAUUAUUCAAUAAUAAAAGUUUUAUGGUA